AAGGCAGUGGGUGGGAAGAAGGACCGCUCCUUCUUCCUCUUCACGGACCUGCUGGUGUGCACCACGUUGAAGCGCAAAUCAGGCUCCCUCCGCCGCAGCUCCAUGAGCCUGUACACGGCAGCCAGCGUGAUCGACACGGCCAGCAAGUACAAACUGCUCUGGAAGCUGCCACUGGAGGAUGUGGACAUCGUCAAAGGUGCCUCUCAAGCCACCAAUCGGGAGAGCAUCCAGAAGAGCAUCUGCCGCCUGGAUGAAGACCUCAGCACGUUGGGGCAAGUCACUAAGCUGUCAGAGACCCUCAGCUUCCCCCACCAGAACCUGGACGAUGUGAUCAAGGACCUGACGGCUGCCAUCCACCGGGAGCUGGCGGAGAAGCAAUCCCUGUCCUUCAGCAUGGCCUUCCCCCCAAAUAAGGUGGAGCUCAGCACUACCAAAGCCGACGGCACCGAGUCCUUCAUCUUUGAGUUCCCCAACCCCGAUGCCCGGCUCGGAUUUGAGCAAGCCUUUGAGGACGCCAAGAAAAAGCUGGCUUCCAGCAAGAACUGCCUGGACCCGGAGUUCCUCAAGGCCAUCCCCAUCAUGAAGACACGCAGCGGGAUGCAGUUUUCUUGUGCUUCUCCAAGCCACGGCAGUCCGGAAAGCUCCCACGAGGUUUGGGUUUGCAACAGCGACGGUUACGUGGGGCAGGUUUGUUUGCUCAGCAUCCGUAAGGA